AUGAGUAAACUGUCGUUUCGGGCGCGGGCGCUAGACGCCUCGAAGCCGCUGCCGGUUUUCCGCUGUGAGGAUCUGCCCGACCUGCACGAAUACGCCUCGAUAAACCGGGCCGUGCCGCAGAUGCCCACCGGAAUGGAGAAGGAAGAGGAGUCGGAACACCAUCUUCAGCGGGCUAUUUCAGCACAGCAGGUGUAUGGCGAGAAGAGGGAUAACAUGGUUAUACCAGUCCCAGAAGCAGAAAGUAACAUCGCUUACUAUGAGUCUAUAUAUCCUGGGGAAUUCAAGAUGCCAAAGCAGCUCAUUCACAUACAGCCUUUCAGUUUGGAUGCUGAGCAGCCCGAUUAUGAUUUGGAUUCUGAAGAUGAAGUAUUUGUGAAUAAACUGAAGAAGAAAAUGGACAUCUGCCCAUUGCAGUUUGAGGAGAUGAUUGACCGUCUAGAAAAAGGCAGUGGUCAGCAGCCAGUCAGUCUGCAGGAAGCCAAACUACUGCUAAAAGAAGAUGAUGAAUUAAUUAGAGAAGUUUAUGAAUACUGGAUUAAAAAGAGAAAAAACUGUCGAGGUCCGUCUCUUAUCCCAUCAGUAAAACAAGAGAAGCGAGAUGGUUCGAGCACAAAUGAUCCUUAUGUGGCUUUUAGAAGACGAACUGAAAAAAUGCAGACUCGGAAAAAUCGCAAAAAUGAUGAAGCCUCUUAUGAAAAAAUGCUUAAGCUGCGUCGAGACCUAAGCCGGGCUGUUACUAUUCUAGAGAUGAUAAAAAGAAGAGAAAAGAGUAAAAGAGAGCUAUUGCACUUAACACUGGAAAUUAUGGAAAAGAGGUAUAAUUUGGGUGACUACAGUGGGGAGAUCAUGUCUGAGGUCAUGGCUCAGAGGCAGCCAGUGAAGCCCACGUACACCAUCCCCCUCAUCCCCAUCGCCAACAGCAGUCAGUUCAAACACCAGGAGCCGAUAGACGUGAAGGAAUUUAAAGUUAAUAAGCAAGAUAAGGCCGAUCUUAUCCGACCUAAACGUAAAUAUGAAAAGAAGCCCAAAGUCUUACCUUCGUCUGCUGCUGCUGCUCCUCAACAGGCCAGCCCCACCACGCUGCCGGUCUUCAACGCUAAAGACCUGAACCAGUAUGACUUCCCCAGCUCAGAUGAAGAGCCUCUCUCCCAGGUUCUGUCUGGCUCUUCAGAAGCUGAGGAAGAGAAUGAUCCCGAUGGCCCUUUUGCUUUCCGAAGGAAGGCAGGCUGUCAGUACUACGCUCCUCACUUAGACCAAACUGGCAACUGGCCUUGGACUAGUCCUAGCGACGGAGGAAUAGGGGAUGUACGAUACCGAUACUGCCUGACCACCCUGACCGUGCCCCAGCGGUGCAUCGGAUUUGCACGAAGACGGGUUGGGCGCGGUGGAAGGGUCUUACUGGACAGAGCGCACUCAGACUACGACGGCGUGUUUCGCCAUCUGGAUCUGGACAUGCUUUCCUCACCACAACAUUCUCCAGUCAAUCAGCCUGCCAAUACCUCAGAAACAAAUACCUCGGACAAAUCUUUCUCUAAAGACCUCAGUCAGAUACUCGUCAAUAUCAAAUCAUGUAGAUGGCGGCAUUUUAGGCCUCGGACACCAUCCCUACAUGACAGUGACAAUGAUGAACUCUCCUGUCGAAAAUUGUAUAGGAGUAUAAAUCGAACAGGCACAGCACAACCUGGGACCCAGACAUGCAGUACCUCUACGCAAAGUAAAAGCAGCAGUGGUUCAGCACACUUUGCAUUUACAGCCGAACAAUACCAGCAACAUCAACAGCAGCUGGCACUCAUGCAGAAACAGCAGCUUGCACAAAUUCAGCAACAGCAAGCAAGUAAUAAUUCCUCCACCACCACGCCACAGAACCUUGCAUCUAACCAGCAGAAAAGUGGCUUUCGCCUGAAUCUACAUCAUAGCCACUCUAUACAGGGUUUAGAAAGAACGUUACAGGGUUUUGUUUCCAAGACUUUGGAUUCUGCUAGUGCUCAAUUUGCUGCUUCUGCUUUGGUGACAUCGGAACAACUGAUGGGAUUCAAGAUGAAGGAGGAUGUGGUGCUUGGAAUUGGGGUGAAUGGCGUCCUUCCAGCCUCAGGAGUAUACAAGGGCUUACACCUCAGUAGCACUACACCCACAGCACUUGUCCACACAAGUCCGUCAACGGCAGGGCCGGCUUUGCUGCAGCCUGCAAGCGUGACCCAGACUGCGGGUUCCCACAGUGCGCCGGGUCACCCGGCGACCGCUGCCAACUCCGCCACAACUCAGGUUCUGAUUGGGAACAACAUUCGAUUGACUGUACCUUCAUCAGUUGCCACUGUAAACUCUAUCACCCCCAUAAAUGCACGACACAUACCUAGGACUUUAAGUGCUGUCCCAUCGUCUGCCUUAAAGCUGGCUGCUGCAGCAAACUGUCAAGUUUCCAAGGUCCCGGCGUCAUCCUCUGUAGAUGCCGUUCCACGGGAAAAUCAUGACUCAGAAAAGCCAGCACUAAACAACAUAGCAGACAACACAGUAGCGAUGGAGGUGACGUAG